CAAGCUGGUCGGAUCAAAGGAACCGAAUGGUGGUAUAAGACCGCCGUCAAGCUGCUGAACAUUUCUCUCGAUAAGCGAUCCUCCAUCCUUCCCACCUAUCCAUCCAUCCAUUGUGGCCACCAUGAUGUCUUUACGGCUUUCCCUUCUUGCCGCGGUUCUCGCUUUCGGUGCGUGUGGAUAUGCCGCUCCAGCACCACAAGAUGACACCGGAAAAGUCAUCGAAACGGAAAUCCUCAUUCUCGGCGGCGGCAUGACCGGAGUAGCGGCAGCAAAUUCGCUCUACCACGACGCCGGUAUGCGCAACAUCCUCAUCGUCGAAGCGCGGUCGGUGCUCGGCGGCAGAGUGCAAGACUCGCGGAUCGGCAACUACACCAUCGAGUACGGCGCGAAUUGGAUCCAGGGGCUGGGCAACAAUCCCAUCUGGAAGAUGGCACAGAAGUACGGCGUUGUGAAUCGGUAUUCGAACUGGGAGAGCAUCGAUUAUUUCACCAAAGACGGGUGGGAAGGCGAUGAUGGGCCGCUCCAGCAUGCCGUCACAAGGUACGAGGAGGAGGUCUUUCCGGCAGCUGCGGCAGAUGCCGGCAGGAGGAAGGAGCUCGGUCAGCCGGAUCUGAGUAUGAAGGCUGGAUUGAAACUCAACGGAUGGAAUCCUUUGACACCGGAAGAAAGAACCGCUGAGUUCUUCGCCCACGACUGGGAACAAGCCGAGCCCCCAAUCGUCUCCUCGUUCAUCGGAACGGCCGAGGCUUACAACGAGACUUUCGUCGAGUCCGGCAACGGCACGAACAACAUCGUUACCGACCAGGUAACCGGCUACAAGGGAGUCGUUCUCGGCCACGCGGCGGAGAUCCCCAACCUCAACGUCAUGUACAACACCGUUGUCACCGAAAUCGCAUACUCAGCGACCGGCGUGACCGUAAAGACUAAGACUGGACUCACGAUCAAAGCCAAGAAGGCACUUUGCACGUUCUCUCUCGGCGUGCUGCAGCACGACGAUGUCAAAUUCGUGCCCGAGUUGCCCGAAUGGAAACGCGAGGCCAUUGCCAACUUCCACAUGGCAACUUACACUAAGAUCUUUGCUCGUUUCCCGACAAAGUUCUGGAACGACACCGAAUUCGCCCUCUACGCCGACCCCGACGAGCGCGGCUUCUAUGCGGUGUGGCAGACGCUCGACCUGCCCGGCUUCUUCCCUGGAUCCAAGAUCCUAUUCGCGACGUUGACGGGCGAGCAAGCGCACCACGCCGAGUACCAGACGGAUGCGGAAGUGCAAGCGGACUACGUGCAGGUGCUGCGGGACAUGUACGGGGCGGCGAACGUUCCGGAGCCGAUCGAGUUCAAGUUCCCGCGGUGGAACAUGGACCCGCUCUUCCGCGGCACAUUUACGAACUGGGGUGCUGGCGUCACCGUCAAGCAGCAGGAGGAUAUGCGCGUGCCCGUCGGUGGUGAGCUGGAUAGCGAGGCUACCCUCUGGUUCGCUGGUGAGCACACCAGCCGCAAGUACUUUGGCUACCUCCACGGUGCCUACUGGGAGGGGAGACUCGCGGCCAGCCAUAUUGCCGAUUGUGUCCUCCGGCAGUGUGUCACUGGUGAUAUCACGAAGAAGGUUAGGAGGCAGGCGGUGGACUUCGACGCCGGUGACGAUGCCGGCGCUAAGAAGCAGAGAAGAAGGAGAAUGUGGACUUAGGCGUGAAAGGGAUGGGCAUUUUUGUACAUAUCAAGAUUUCGAUGAAUAUUAU